GUUGUAGGGCUCUCACAAAGAAACAAGCUUGGCUUUUGUCAUGGUCACCAAGAGGGACCCAAGAUUCACCCAUCAGCCAAAUUUGACUCCCACAAAAAUGGAAUGCAGAAAACACAACCACCAAAGCAACAGAGGAGUUUGUCCUUGUUGUUUAAGAGAUAAACUCUCUCGCUUACCUAAUACUACGUCGUAUUACAUCAUUCACCGAUCUUCUUCUUCCUCCACCACCGUUUCGUCUUCUCCGUUGUCUCCGGCGGUGAAGGAUCAUCGGAGAGCUGGUUCGAUGUCCAUGUCUUUCGCGGUGAGGGAAGCGUUGAGUGGUAAUCUGAUUGAAGCUUUAGGUGGAGGAUUGAAGAAAAGCAGAUCUAUGGCUCAUGUUCCCAAGGAUUAUAUUGUUAGGGAUUCGACGAAGAAGAAGACGGAGAAAUUGAAAUCUACGUCGGUGAAGAAGAAGACUGGGUUUUGGACUAAGUUGCUUCAUCUGAAAGGAAAAGGCGGUGGCGCCGACGUCGGAGGGUUUGUUACUUCACGGCAACGAGUUUAUUAAAUGACCGACUUUAGUUUUUUUCUGAAACGUUUAUUUUUGAUGUGUACAGUUACAGAUUAAGAAAGUAAAAUGGUGGAAAAUAAUGAAAGUCAUUUCUGAUU